CUCGUGACAAGAGAGGGCGACGACGAGGGAGGAACAUCGGCAUCGGCAUGUCCUUCUCCUCUAACAUCCGCCUGCCACCAGCACCAGCGAGCGUGCACCCUCUGCAGGCCGAAAAAGCACUCCUCCACGGAGGGGAGCACACGAGCGAGUGGCAGCCCUCCGGGCCCCACGGUGAGAAAGCAACUCAUGGAAGCUGCUGGUCGUACCCAUAGCGCGCCCAUUCGGGCGCAAAGCGGACACGAUGCAUCUCUCUCGCAUGGCCCUAUCGGGCGCUCUUGGUCGCUACGGAACGCUAUUGCAAAAGCUAUCUGGCGCUACUGUGCGUCAGCAGGCCCGCGCCACCGAACACUAUACUGGGCGCUGGUCGCCGAUGCAUCGGAAGCUUCCGUGACUUAGGAUCUAAACACGGCGCUCAUACCUGAGGCCGGCCACGGCAUGCAGCAAAAAGGAGGUCGGCCGAGCAACUGGGGCUUGGCCCUGCCAGCGACCACUGGAGGCGGCCAGGCAGCUGCCACAAAACGGCAGGGCAAGACAAAAAGACGACGGCUGGCCGACCGAAAGCUUCGGCUCAGCAGCCAUAGCCACUGGAGCUGGCCCAGCAGCAGAAAUGAGCGGCAACCCGCUGCCCCCGAAGCGCAGCGGGGCUCCGAGGCCUCCGCGGGCGGACCCCCGCCCCUCUCCGAGGGGGAGCGGCCCGCGGGAGCAAGCCACCACGGCGAGGGCACCGAGGAGGAGCCUCUGGGCGAGGAGCCCCAGGGGGCAAAUCACGGCCUUCGGGUUGGGUUGGGGUGGUUUGGUGGGAGGUGAAACUGAGGCUUGGCCAGCGAUAUCACCGCCGCCCUCCUCACUGUACGAAAUGCGCCCCCCCCGCCGAGGGGGCCACCUUGAGAGCGGAGCCCCCGCCGAGAAGGCCACCGCACGCCU